AUCCCGACUCGAUAGACUUGGUUGUGGCCUCAAAGUCUACUGCGACGUUGUCAGAGCUGAUGCCGCACAUUGUUCAAGACGCUAAACUGUUGCGAGGUUCUUUGAAUGACGAAGAAAGGAAACGCUUCGUGUCCGACAUUGUAGCUCUGUUCGAAGCCACCAAGAACAUGCUAGAAGCUGCCAAAGAGGAUAGAAAGAAACUGGACAAGUCAGCCGUGGAGUUCGGCAACAAGUCGGCCAAGUUGCUGUAUGUCGUCAGCACCGAUGUAGACCCAGGACAAGAGAAAGAGGUGUUGGAGCGAGUGCGGAACAUCAACGAGAACGCGUCCCGGCUGGCCGUGCUGGGCGCGGACUCCGCGAGCCACCUGCCCGCGCCGCAGCUACAAGCGCUGUGCCGUGCGGGCGCCCGCGCCGCCGGGGCCGCUACCACCCUCGCCUACACCGCCAAGCUUGUAGCGCCGUCAAUCCAAAACGCAGAGUGCAACGAAGCGCUCACCAACGCCGCCAACGAUCUCUCAACCCACCUCCAAACCUAUUCCUCAACCUGGGCACCCCUGGAAGCCUCCCCUCAAUCUUCAUCCAUCACCGAGUUGAGGACCGAAGCAGCGAGCUUGGAGAGGCUCCUGGAGGAAUUGAGGAGGGACCUGGGAACUGGGAAGCUGGUUAAGAGGAGAACGGUGGAGAGAGUGGUGGUUGAAGAUACACCACUGAGGAGGCUGGCGUGUGUGGUACAGGAGGAGGCUAAGAAAAGAGCCGAAUCAACCAACACUUUGCCUGAGCUGCGAGCCAAGUACGCCAAGUAUGCGAAUGAACUGGGCCAAGUUGUCAAGCAGCUGGACUUGGCUUACCACAGGUGCCGCCAGGCGCCACAGGACCUAGAGAAACGCCAAGAGCUGGAGUAUGCGGUGCAGAACCUUCAGAUCACUCUGCUGCAGACCAGACCUUCUUUAGAUGGAACACCACAAAGCAACAUCGUUGAUUUGACGGAAUAUGUUAAAGAGGUGUCAAAUGAUGCUGACAAAUUGAUCAAAGAAUGCGAGAAAGGACCACCGGAAUUGACAAACAUACUGGGCAGCAUCCAAGAGCGCUGCUCACAGAUAGUGUCCCGGGCUGCCCGACUAACCACAGCCGAUAGCUACGACCAGGCCGAGGAGGCCGGCUGGAUGGAGAUCGAACAGUUCGCCGAGGAAUGCGACCAGCACUUGAAUGGAAUAAACUACAUGUUAGAGAAUCUGAACGACGGAAAGCUCAAGAUCGACCUGCAGGAGAAGGCCACGCGGCUUUCCGAAGACUGUAACAUGUUGAGGUUCGCGACGAAGUGCGCCCUAGCCUCCAGUCAAGGCGUGUCACUGGACGCGACGCUCGACGACCUGACCGACUUGGAAGGCAAGAUCGACGAGAUGCUGGCGGAAGGAGACAGCUCACAUGUUAUGCCGUCAUGGUCGAGUGAUUACGGUCGCGGACGGCUGGUGGCGGCGACGGCCCGCGCGGGAGCCGGCAUCGCUCACGACUUGCCGCCUGCUUUCACGAGCUAUAUGGAUGACGUGCGCACGCGCACUGAUCUCAGCAACGAGCCUGAGAGGAACCAGAGCAAACAGCACCUCCGCAAGGUCCUGGGCCUGCUGAAGGCGCUGACGAUGACCACCAGCCGCCACGUGGCCACCUGGCAGCCGCUCGGGCAGCCCGAGGCCGCCGCCGUCACCGGCCAGAUAUUAAAGGAGCUGGACAGCCACCACAGCCGUGUGAACGCCACCAAAGGAAAGCCGCCUCGCUCGGCGCUCGCAGACCUCGACAUGAACCAGCUUCUGUAUCCGCCCACCAUCAAGGUCGAAGGGGACCAGAAGCAAAUAUCGGACAAGCUGCAGCAGGCGGCGUCCAAGCUGUCUACCGCUACAAGCACCAUAAUGCAGAGCGCACACAAGCCGGAAUCGCUGUCCCGCAGCGCGCACGCCGCCGCCGCCGCCGCCGCCGGACUUGCGGCACACGCCAGGGCUCUAAGGACUAACGUGACUUUUGCCCGCGGCUUUACCCGCGUGUGCUGCGUUGCGACGAUCGAGAGAGAACGCAGCUGCGACGCAGAGAGCUAUCAGUUCAAAGACAUCUCGCUGCGCAUGCCCGGACUCUAA